GCUGAUGCAAUAUAAUAGUUUGGUGCAGAACAACUGUGAAGACAUGUUAUAAUGUUUUUCGGGUCAUUUAGACGUGGUAGCUCUAAAAUGAAGCAAUUCAAAACGCCAUUCCUCUCAUUGCAAUUCAAAUUGACACAAUGAAUUGACGAAUCUCCAAGAUACUUCAUUUUUUCACUCUCAAACGAGCCAUUUCAAUUCAAAUACUUUAUUAUGGGACAAUUCAACUUCAUUGUCUUCUUUAGUAGAGGAAUUUUAUCAGAUCUCUUACCAAGAUCAACUUGGUUAGGUGGAACCAAAACCCACGGUUGAGAAAUGAUAUCAGUCAUCAAAUUCUCAACACUUGAUCAUAAAGAGAUUUAUGUGGAGUUAGUCUUGUAAUGUGGGUUCACUUUUAUAAUUACCCUCUUAAUCAAACAAUUAGCUAGAACCCUCCAAUUAAUUACUCACCAAAUCCCACAUGAGAAAGAGCAAAUCAUGUGAUUCACCCGUGCACACGUGAUAGUGAAUGGUGCCCUUAUCAUGAAAGAGACUCAUUGAGGACCAAAAAUCAAAACUCGAGAAAAGAAAAUGGGUGCAGUUGGCCUUUGUGAAAUCGUAUUAUAUUGGUGGUUUAACCGGAAAAAUUGGAGUAGCGGAGUCUAACUUAGUAGGCGAUUUGAAGCAGUAUGAAAUGGUUGAACCAUAGUUAAACUAUGGUGUCAACAAAAAAUACCCUACAACAAACUUUACAACCUUCGGUAUGGUCUUAGAAUCUUUGAUAAUUACAUGAAUGGUAGGAGUGUGUCGUGUGCAACGAUUUGGUGCUUACCGAUCCGAUCAUAUUGGACCGAAUAUAGUGCAGUCUGAUCCUUCUUCUCAUAAACAAUUAUAUGAAUACUGAAAACAAAUGAAUUAAAGUGAUAUUUGAUCAGAAUCAACCCAUAUGGAAUACAAUGAUAGUCUGAAUCUUGAUUCUCAAAUUUAUAUUACUAAUAGACCGCGACUCUCGAUUAGAUCGGACGGGAUUUGACGGUUGCACACCCCCUUAAUAUGGGGCUUGAAUAAUACAAAUUAUGAAUGGCGGAGAAUAAACGCAUUAGUGUAAGCAUUUAUGGAGGCAACACCUACAAGUUGUUCCAAUAGUUGCCAUAAAGAUUGCUUUGUGAUUGUUGUUUGAAAGAGAGAAGACCCAAAGACUCAAUAGAAGAUGACAUGAAACCCACCAAAGUUCAAUUAGAGACUGCAAGCAAGCAACUGACUCAUCAUCACUAAAAAGCGUGAAAACAAUAUUUCUUCCUGGAUUGAAAACUGUCAACUAGUAGCUAUAUGUGAGGGUGUGAUGCAUUGUUUGGUUAGCUAGGCAUUUAAUACGCGAAUGAGCUUCAAAUAACUUAAUCGGGAGAAUGAAAUUUUCUCGAUUGUUUACGGUUUAGUGCGACCAUUCAAAUAGGAGAAUUGGUUGGUAGUGAAUAUCCAGAUUUAUAUUAAAUUAAAGGGUAAUGACUAUUUAUUAGCCAAACCUUUUUCAGAGUUUUUUUUAUUAGUCAAACCUAUCAAAAUACUAAGAAUUAGCCAAAUGUUAACUUUCGGUUAGCAAUUUUGUUACUAAUAUUGACUUGGCAACAUGAUACUGACUUGGAAGAGACACAUGAAGGUAAUCAUUCCAAAAUUUUAGUAUUUUAACUGAGAAAAGAGUUACAAAAUUAUUAACAAUAACGUAAAAAUGGCUAAUAUUUUGAUGCAUUAGGAAAGAUUUGGCUAAAUAAUAGCAUUUUAAUAGGUUUGGAUAAUAUAAAAGAAUUUGAGAAAGGUUUUGAUAAAAAAUAGACAUUACCCUAAAUUAUAGGAAGGUGUUUUAUAUUUUCAUAACGUCAGUAAUCACUUGACCGUCCACGAAAUCAUACAGAAGAUUGAAUUGGUGGUAGUGACGAGUUAGCAUUUAAGGUUUUAAUGGAACAACCGCUGCAAACUGGUUUUCAAACACUUUGACAAUGGUCAUUAUUGUUGACGACAUCGUAUGCAUUUUUCAUGUCGAUAUGCUCUCCAAUCAAACACGAUACGGUAUGGUUUUACAAAUACCUAAACACUCCACCGAUCCCUAGUAAUUAAACAAGAGCAUUCAAGUCAAAUAAAGUGAUCAUGAUAUGUGGCAUUGUCUAGACUCUAGUGCCAUCGUCACACAUUUUGGCCGACCAAAUCUCUAACCUUUCUAUUCCAGAAGCCAACCCAAUCCCUUCUUCAAUGGCUUCCAUAACCAUCCACCAUAUAUAUAUAAAUUGCACUCCAACUACUUAAUUACAAGUUAGAACUACAUAGCUUAAUUACCCCCACCAUCGAAAGGAGAAAGCAAUAACUAAGCUGACAAAUUAAUCAAGGCGGUUGAUCAUGGUGAUGAUGACGAUGGACGUCUCUUGUUUUCUUCUUGUGGAGGGAAGUGCAGAUUCUGAUGACGAGCCGCGGCAGCAACUCGAUCAUCAACGGUUCACGAAACCAUAUCGUCUUGAUGUUCUUAGUAUCGAUGAUGCAGAGUCUUGUAGCUGCGACGACGAUGACGAUGGCUGCAGCACACUAGAGCUUGAUGAUCUUCAGCUCGACCGGAUUAAUGGUGGAUUAGGCUGUGUGAUCAAGGAUAAUCAUGAUGAUGAUGAUGGUUAUGAGGUUGCAAUGGAGCAGUGCUGCUAUUGUAAUUGGGAUGGCGGAGGCGGUGAAGAAGAAGAAGAAGAAGAGAGAUCGAGUAAUAGCGUUAACAAAGAAGAGAGUAGGAAGGUGAUGGUGAUGAUGAGCAGAGAGGCGAUGGACAGAAUGGAAGACAGGCUCUUCUGGGAAACUUGCUUGGCGGUAGGAUACCCAAGCCUUUACUGAAAUCUUUUUAAUUAGGACUUAUUUGAUUUCAUCCAUGCAUACACCAUGUGAUUUAGAGGUGGGUUUAUAGCGCUUUUAAUCGUCUAAUUUGAAGUGUUGUUAAUGUGCGUAUCUGAUCUGUGAUGAAAAUUCUGAAAUCGAACUAGUCGGGGUAGAUUAUUUUUUCUCUCUCUUUGAGUACAUAAUUUUUCAUUUUUUAACUUCUCAUACUAAGUUACGAGUUUGGUCAAAUACUUGACAGUAAUGUAUAUAAUUUGAUUGUAAAGUGUUUUCAGUUUUUUGUUCAUACAAAGAAAAUAUUUGGCCUUAUUUGAAACAUCGCUAUACAACAUGGGGGUGUUUCGGUUUUCCUUUCGGUUUUCUUUCUACAACUCAAACUAGGGUACUAGACGAUGUAAGUUUUUCUUAUGUGUAUGUAAAACUAUAGUGGUUGAUUUUCUUUUUUCUCUUCUCAGUGAUUUUUUGUAUUAUAUUGAACACUGAUAAAAGUAUGAUUAGUUGUUAGACUGGUAUAUUUCAGAAAUAUAGUAUAGUCCAAGUGAUUUGAGUUCUGACCAUUAAAUUUGCUUCGAUGACCUCCAACCAAUAUCAACGGUCAAUAAAUGUUUUCUGAUGGGUUAGAUCGACAAUGGUGGGUUAGCCCAGCCCAAGCAUUGAUUUGGACCACAAGCAAAAUUUUCUCACCCACUUACAGUUAUAGUGUUGGGCCCAUAUUCAUUUUCACUACAGCCUGCCAAGAAUCCAACGAAAAAAAUGGGCCUUUCGGAAAACCAAAGUCAGCUGAAAAAAAUCAUUUUCGCGCCAGGAAGGGGUCGAACCUUCGACCUUCUGCUUAGGAAACAGACGCUCUAUCCACUGAGCUACAGGCGCUUGGUUGAUAAUUCGUUUCUACAAAAUGUUCAUGACAUAAUGUCUAGUAAGACGAGAGGACAUGCAAUGAUUUUGCAUGUACGAAGAAUCGAUGAGAGACUAGAUUAUGUGUUUUUUACAGAUCACACAAUAAUAUUCUGCGAUGCUAACAAAGAAAAAAGUAUUGAAUGUUCUUGCUAGUUUGGUAUGUUUCAAGUUCUUACAUGGCUUAAAAUCAAUAUAGAAAAAAGUGAUUAUGUAUCUUGUUGGCGUUGUAAUGAAUGUAGACAGACUAGCAUAUAUCUUUUGGCGUCAUUCGAAUCCUCUUCCAGUGAUAUAUUUGGUCUGUCCCUUAGUGAAUUACAUCGUAUUCUACCAUCCAGGAUUCCAUUCUCACUCGUAUUUAGAAAAUAUUGAAGUGGUGGAAAUUCAUGUCAUUGUCUUUCUGGAGGCAGACUUGUGCUUAAAUUCAUAUCAUUAUCUUUUUAGAAGCAGACGUGUGCUUAACUAGUCGACUUUAUCUAGCCAAUUCAUAUAUCGAUCGAGGGUCACUUUUAAAGCCCCAAAGAAGUUUGAUUGGGGAGUUUGGAAAAUUGAGAGAGACUUCCUAGUUAGUUCCUAUAAUCAGGGCUAAGGAGAAUAAAUUCUAUCUGGUUAGCUGGGAUUAUGUAAGGCUUCUAAGGCUAGAGGGGCAAUGAAUAUUAUUGAUAUUG